UGGACACUACCUUGGACUGUCUUUUGGAUCCAAGCAUUUCGUAGGAAACAUACUUUUUCCGUACGAGGGCGGGUCCGCAGGACUGUAAUAGUCAAAUACAGCAAAGGGUCUUAUUGGAACGAGGCAUGCUAUUCCUUCCCCUCCCCGCGACCGCAGGCUACACUUUAACGAAAAGUGGCAAGAAGCUCUUGCGUUUCCCGUCCCCGCGGACGAUCCUUCAAGCCCUUGCGCCUCGAACUUCGACCUCUUUUUCGUUCAGCACGACCAGCCUGGAACUCUCCACGCGGAGACGAAGAAAACGAAGAAGGGAAGACCGCAUUCCUUCCCUCUUGCCCUCCUUCCCGCCCUCCUUCCCGCCCUCCCUCUCU